UGCCCAAGACCAUCUGGCAACACUGUGCCUUCUACUGCAAACGAUAAUAAAAAAAAUACUGCAAACGAAGCUUAUUAGCGCUAAAAACUUUAUAUGUAUGUAGUGUUCAUAUCCAGUAUAUACUAUAAACACUUUACAAUUCGGUUAACAGCGUUUCGUAAAAACGUUAUUAUUUUAAUUUCAUGUAUUACAAAGAAUCAUUAAGACAAUCAAGUAAAAUAAUUUUAUAGGCCAAAAUUUGAAUUCUAAGAUCCGAGAAUGAUAAAGUUAGUGGAUCCAGUGGUUCGAAGUUUCAAAGUGGCGAAGGUGUUUCGUGAAAAUACUGACAAAAUAAAUAGCAUUGACUUUUCCCCGAGUGGUGAAACUCUUAUAUCGUGUAGUGAAGAUGACCAGAUAGUUAUUUAUGAUUGCGAAAAGGGAACCCAAAUGAUAACUGUAAACAGUAAAAAAUAUGGUGUUGACUUGAUACAUUUUACGCACGCAAAGAACACUGCUAUACACAGUUCCACCAAAGUAGAUGACACCAUCAGGUAUUUGUCUCUACAUGAUAACAAAUAUAUCCGAUAUUUUCCAGGACACACUAAAAAAGUUGUUACGCUUUGCUUAUCUCCUGUAGAGGAUACAUUCCUUUCUGGUUCGUUAGACAAAACAUUACGUCUUUGGGAUUUACGGUCUCCAAAUUGCCAAGGCCUCAUGCAUCUUUCGGGAAGACCUGUAGCCGCAUAUGAUCCAGAGGGAUUAAUAUUUGCUGCUGGUGUAAACUCAGAAAGUAUAAAAUUGUAUGACUUAAGAUCUUUUGAUAAAGGUCCUUUUGUUACAUUCAAAUUGAACCAUGAAAAAGAAUGUGAUUGGACAGGAUUGAAAUUUUCGAGAGAUGGAAAAACCAUGCUUAUAAGUACAAAUGGUUCAAUAAUUAGAUUAGUUGAUGCAUAUCAUGGGACUCCAUUGCAAACAUUUACAGGCCACCUUAAUAAUAAAGGUAUACCAAUAGAAGCAUCAUUUAGUCCUGAUUCACAAUACAUUUUCAGUGGUUCAACUGAUGGAAGAGUUCAUGUUUGGAAUGCUGAUACUGGAUACAAAGUAUGUGUUCUUAAUGGAGAUCAUCCAGCACCCAUACAAUGUGUUCAGUUUAACCCUAAAUAUAUGCUUCUAGCAUCUGCAUGUACAAAUAUGGCAUUUUGGCUACCAACAAUAGACGAUGUUUAGUCUUAUUCUUAAUAUAGUCUUACAAUACUUGUGUUAUGAGUAAGAAUAUACCAAUAAUGGAGUUAUUACAAAAGACACUAUAAUUCAUUAUUAAUCUAUUCCAUGCCAAUCAUCUUAUGUCUCAUUUGUAUUCAACAUGGCAUAAUAAGCUGUU